AUGGAUCAAUUCUAUCUCAAAAAUGCCGCCAAAUACCAGGAUCUGGUCAAUGCGCUCAAGCCUGCGCCCAAGUCUUCCAAAGCCAAGAUGACCACGGAGACAAGCAGCCCAGACAUAAUCGUCAGCACCAGGAUCCGUCCUUUAUCAGACGAGGAUGAAGGCUUUCCACGUGCCGUUUUCCCGCAGUCUAGUCAGCAUGGUGUUUUGGAUAUACACGAUCUUUAUAACCAUCCCAAAGGACGACCGUUGCUUAAGUCCUUCAAGUACCAAGUGGACAGAGUUUUCGAUGAGGAUGCGAGCACGGAAAAGCUCUACUGGGAUGUUGUGGUGGACUUGAUUCCCCUCGCCCAAGAUGGCGGUAUUGGCACGCUAUUCGCCUACGGCCAGACAGGGUCUGGGAAGACGUACACAGUCAGCCGGCUAGAGCAACUCGUUGUUGAGUCACUAUUGGACAGCGGCGAUGAGCUCGGGAGACAAGUUUACAUCAGCGUCAUUGAACUUGCCGGAAACUCAGCGUACGACCUUCUGAGCUCCCGCAAGCCAAUACAACUCCUUGAGGACUCCUUUGGAGUGACGCAGAUGGCUGGCGCAGAUGAACAGCUCGUCCAAAGUAGGGACCAGGCAAUGGAACUUAUUGAAAGGGCGGCGUCCUUCAGGCAGUCAGCCUCAACUUUCAAGAACGAUGCUUCCUCGCGCUCGCAUGGCAUAUGUCGCAUCCGAAUCAAAAACUCUUCUACCGGCUCGGAGGGGUUCUUGUACUUGAUUGACUUGGCUGGUUCGGAGAUGGCCCGUGAUAUUGCGAAACACGGGGCCGACCGGAUGCGCGAAACGCGCCAGAUCAACAUCAGCCUUUCGGUAUUGAAGGAUUGCAUUCGGGGGAAGGCAGAGUCAGACGCGAUGGCAGCUCUGGGCGGCUCGAAGUCAAAGCAGAAGAGACCGCAUGUGCCGUUUCGGCAGAGCGCCUUGACAAAAGUUCUGAAGCAUAUGUUCGACUCGGGCGGAAGCAGGCGCUGCAAGACAGUGAUUAUAGCCUGCGUAAACCCAAGUCUUGCUGAUGUUGUAGCAAGUAAAAGCACGAUACGUUACGCCGAGACGCUGCGGGUCUUGGUGCCUGCCACCGCCCAGACGGCAUCGGAUCCGCUGUCUCCCAAGACUUGGACGAACACGGAGCUGAGAGAUUGGAUUAUGAAGAAUUCAGGCAUUAGCCCUAGCUCCUCUACAGCCCUGGCUCCUACCGAGUCUGGGGCUCAAUUUCUUCGGCUCGCAGCAGAAGAUUUCGUGGCUCGUCACUCAGAAACCCCAGACGUCAAUGCCGAGGAAGUCAGAGCAGUCUACUCCAAGUUAUGGCAAAUGCAUGUUGAUUCCCAGAAGGUCGACGGGUCAUCAAGCAAGCUCUUAACAGGAAUUACGUCAAGUCGAAAUCCAGAUCGUUCAACAACAGCUUUGCCCUUCAAAGACCGUAUUCGCGCGGGUAUGGUAGUCCGCUGGAGGCAGGCUUAUGCGCAGGGCUUCGAGCCGAAGGAAUCACUUGGCGUUCAUAAGGACAGUUUGGCAGUUGUGUUAUGCCCAGCAGCAACCCCGAAGAGUACCACCACUGAGAAUAACUCCAUAGCACGAUAUUCGUGUGCCGUAGUGACCCCCGGGGCGAUGACAGGGUCAUAUGAAGUCAACUUGUGGCGACAGGUUGUUGUUGACGUCGAAAUGAUGGACAAGGAGGUAAUUAUGGAGUACGAUCCCGCAACUAGAUACUACUACGUUAGCGUAUAG